CUUCACUCGAGAGUACCAAGAUGGCUGAAGCAGACUUUCACAAUGUCAGCCAUGGAGAGUUUAACACCACCUUGUUCACCACCCUCGCAAUUUCGACAAAGCUUGUGCUUCCUACUCCAGAAAAGCCAAUUAUACCAGUACAGACUGGGGUCCAAGCUCAGCAGGAGGAACAGUCCAGUGGCAUGUCUAUAUUCUUUAGCCUUUUAGUUUUAGGCAUUUGCAUCAUAUUGGUGCAUCUUCUGAUAAAGUACAGACUCCAUUUCCUGCCGGAAAGUGUUGCAGUCGUUUCAUUAGGUAUUUUAAUGGGAGCAGUGAUAAAGAUCAUAGAGUCCCAGAAACUAGCUAAUUGGAAGGAAGAGGAAAUGUUCCGUCCCAACACGUUCUUUCUGGUUCUCCUCCCCCCUAUUAUAUUUGAGUCUGGUUAUUCCCUGCACAAGGGCAACUUCUUUCAGAACAUAGGAUCCAUCACCCUAUUCGCAGUGUUUGGCACAGCCAUUUCUGCCUUUAUUGUUGGUGGUGGGAUUUACUUUUUAGGACAGGCUGAUGUCAUCUACAAACUCACAAUGACAGACAGCUUUGCUUUUGGCUCUUUAAUAUCGGCUGUGGACCCCGUAGCCACCAUUGCCAUAUUCAAUGCCCUUAAUGUGGAUCCUGUACUCAACAUGUUGGUGUUUGGGGAAAGCAUUCUCAAUGAUGCAGUGUCCAUCGUACUGACCAACACAGCGGAAGGUCUCAACAGAGGCAAUAUGGCUGAUGUGAGCAGCUGGCAGACUUUCCUACAGGCCUUGGCAUAUUUCCUCAAGAUGUUUUUUGGUUCGGCGGCCCUCGGAACACUGACCGGUCUGAUUUCCGCAUUAGUUUUAAAGCAUCUGGAUUUACGGAAGACACCUUCCUUGGAGUUUGGAAUGAUGAUCAUCUUUGCUUACCUCCCCUAUGGACUCUCAGAGGGCAUCUCUCUGUCUGGUAUCAUGGCAAUCUUGUUCUCUGGGAUAGUGAUGUCCCAUUACACACAUCACAACCUGUCCCCAGUCACACAGAUACUCAUGCAACAAACUCUGCGCACCGUGGCCUUCAUGUGCGAAACCUGCGUUUUCGCUUUUCUCGGACUGUCGAUUUUCAGUUUUCCUCACAAGUUUGAAAUAUCAUUUGUCAUCUGGUGCAUUGUGCUGGUCUUGCUGGGAAGAGCCGUCAACAUAUUCCCUCUGUCCUACCUACUCAACUUUUUCCGGGACCAUAAGAUCACCCCAAAAAUGAUGUAUAUCAUGUGGUUCAGUGGCUUGCGAGGAGCCAUUCCGUAUGCCCUGAGCCUUCACUUGGAGCUGGAACCGAUUGAGAAACGCCAGCUGAUAGGAACCACCACUAUAAUUAUCGUGCUCUUCACAAUUCUGAUUUUGGGAGGGGGCACCAUGCCCCUCAUUCGCCUGAUCGACAUCGAGGACUCCAAAGCACGCCGAAGGAGCAAAAAAGAUGUGAACCUCAGUAAGACGGAAAAAAUGGGUAACACCAUUGAGUCUGAGCAUUUGUCAGAGCUGACAGAAGAGGAAUAUGAGGCCCAGUACAUCAGACAACACAACCUUAAAGGGUUUAUGUGGCUGGAUGCAAAGUAUUUAAACCCUUUCUUUACUCGGAGGCUGACCCGGGAGGACCUUCAUCACGGGCGCAUACAGAUGAAGACCCUGACCAAUAAGUGGUAUGAAGAGGUGCGCCAAGGGCCUUCAGGGUCCGAGGAUGAUGAGCAGGAGCUUCUAUAGAAAUAAAUACCAGGGACCGUGCGUUUAUAAGGAAGAUGCAGCCAUCAGUUAGUUGCGCCAGGAGAUAGUGCCUCAGCAUGGAGGGACCUAGGCAAUGAGUGAUGCGAGUAACUACAGAGUAAUAUUUACAUUACAGAGGAGUUUAGCUGUCGGAUCUGCUAUGGGCACAAUGGAGCAGGGCCGUCUGGUUCAUUAUAGCAAUUUUUGGUGUAAGGGUUAGAUCAACACAACAAGUUGUGUUUUUAUUUUAUUUUAAUAACAAGCUGAUAUGGGCGCCCCCUGGGGACAGACAGGGGCAACGUAUUAUUUUUAUAUUUUUUUUAAUGGCUCUUCUUUUCCUUCUGACCCUCAUACCAUGAAUGGGCUUUUAAGCAAUUAUCAUGUCAUCUCAGGAGCAUUAUCAGCAUGGCGUGUCAUCUCAUAGAAUGGCCUGAAUGGCCUUUAUAGCUUUUUAAUAAUCUACCUUUCUUUUUGCUGCCUAAUUCCAGCCUUCAGAUGGGGGUCACUGACCCUGGCAGCCAAAAGACUAUUGUUCUGUAUUGUCAUUGUUACUUUUUAUUCUUUAUCAUUGUAUUUAGGCCUCUCCUAUUUAUCUUCUGGUUUCUCCUUCAAACCACUUCCUGGUUGCUAGGGUAAAAUUGAACCAUAGCAACCCGAUAGCUGCUGGAGAGCUACUGCAACACCCAGAUGAGGUGAACUACCCCUUUAAUGAUAUGUGUAUACAUACAUACAUACAUAUUAAUUUUUCUGUUAUGUAGGAAGGUAGAACACAUGAGUACUUGCUUACUGUGUGUGUGUGUGUAUGUGUAUAUAUAUAUAUAUAUAUAUAUGCCAUUGGGUGGCACACACUGCACUUUAUAGUAGGACACUGGAAUUAUUUAUGAUUGUUGUACAGGGUCACAUUUUGAUAGCAUGUAAGUAACAGUACAUUACAGUAGAUACAGUUUACAUUCAUUUUUAACAUAACCGAUUAGCAGGGUAUUUAUAUAAACUAUAGUAGGGUUUCUGGGGCAAACACCCCAGUUGUACCAGUGCAAGGCAACAGUACAUUGUAUAUUAAUUUUUAAUUUAAUUGUAUAUUUAAACUUGUACAGGUAUCAGACCUGUUACCCAGAAUGCUUGGGACCUGGGCUUUUCCAAUCAGACAUGAAAUAAACCCAAUGGGAUUGUUUUGCUGCUGUUCUCUGGUCAGUUCUUACUACAGUGACUUUCAAUCAAUUGCCAAAGUGCUUAUAAGGGCGCUAUGAGGGUUUAUAUUUCCUUUAUAAGGAAAAAAGAUUCCAAAAAAUUAUUUAUCAUAAUUUUUUUAGGUUUUUGAAAUAAUAUUUUCUAAAUAAUAUAGUAUCUAUCGACUGCACAGAGCUGGCUGUGAAUUUAUUCUCAAGAGACGGGAAUAUUAUUUGUAUUUAUGUAUUUGUUUAAUUUCCAGUUCCAUUACAGGAGGCAGAAUUAAGGCUGGGGGUGCAGUUAAUGAAAUUCAGCGUAUAAACACAAUUUGCUUUUGGGGUUGGAUUGGGAGCCUGCGCUAAAGACUGUAACUUUUUCUUUCCUGAAUGUGAAUCUGAUGGAUAAAUGAAUGGGAAUUUUCUAUUGAAACUGCACAUUCUAUAAAGUACAAUUAAUUGUUCCAGAAAUAAAAUCUUUGAAAAUCU